AUGAGGGAAAUAACUGCAUGCAGACGUAUCGACUCUGGUAAUAUUUCAUCAGGAAAUUCUGAUAAAAGUGAUGCUUUGUCAUCAGAAUCAGAAUCACCACGCUCGUCGUCACCUUCGAAUGACUGGUCAAUUAAAUUUCAACCAUUGCCAAAAAGAACUGAAUCAACAGGUAUCUGGGAUGGAUAUCAAACAAAAGAAGAAUUUAUUAUGAUGCAUCUUCGCUAA